GUGAACAAAGAGGCUGUUACAGUCAUAGAAGUCCGAUACGUACACGACUCCGAUUUCAAAAAAACCCAAUCAAAAAUCAAAUCUCUCGACGAAGAACCUCGAAUUGCGAUUUCAGCUCAGCUCUCCAAUCGUUGCAAACUAUGACUACUUGUGGCCUCUGGACGCCGCCGUCUUUCUCUCCCCGCCGGAGACUCUGUAACUUCUCUUCCAGCCGCCGGUCUCCACUCUCGGUGAUCAGAUUCGACGAAGAGCGCGUCUCACGAAGAGUCUUCUGCAGCGACAACCAGGAGAACACCAAUAAGGAUCGGCCUCAACCUUCCGGAAUCCAAGUCUACGGCGAGAUCGAGAGGUUGCUAACAGAGACUGUCAAGCAAUCUCAAAGUAGCUUCGCUGGAUCGGCCGACUGGUCAGAAGUAGAGGGAGCAUGGGUGCUCAGACCUAGAAACUCGAAUCCAAAGAUGGUUGCUCAUUUCAUUGGAGGGAUAUUCGUUGGUGCAGCGCCUCAGCUUACCUAUCGACUGUUUCUUGAGAGAUUAGCUGAGAAGGAUGUUUUGGUUAUUGCCACACCAUAUGCUAGUGGUUUUGACCACUUCGCUAUUGCCGAUGAAGUUCAAUUUAAGUUUGAUAGAUGCUGCCGAUCUCUACAUGAAUCUGUGCAGGAUCUUCCAUCUUUUGGGAUCGGUCAUUCAUUGGGUUCCCUCAUUCACCUUCUCAUUGGAUCAAGGUAUGCUGUUCAGCGAAAUGGAAAUGUAUUUAUGGCAUUCAACAACAAGGAAGCGAGCUUAGCUAUCCCUUUGUUCUCCCCAGUUCUCGUCCCCAUGGCUCAAAGCCUUGGACCACUCUUAUCACAGGUUGCAACAUCCCCGACAGUCCGCCUUGGGGCAGAGAUGACCCGAAAGCAAUUAGAAACUCUCAGCCCUCCCAUCAUGAAGCAAAUUCUACCAUUAGUGGAACAGCUCCCUCCCUUGUACAUGGACUUGGUAAAAGGAAGAGAAGAUUUUAUUCCGAAACCAGAAGAAACAAGACGCCUAAUAAGAUCCUACUAUGGAAUCUCAAGGAAUCUGUUGAUAAAGUUCGAGGAUGAUUCAAUAGAUGAAACACCAAUCCUAGCCCAGGUUCUUGGCGUGGAAUCAUCCAUAAGCUCAAAGCUAGACAUGUCUAUCCGUACACUUCCAGGGGAUCACGGUCUUCCUCUGCAACAGGCCCUUCCCGAUGUCCCACCAGCAAUGGCUGACGCUGUGAACCGAGGAAGUGAGUUCUUGGCGAAUAUGGCUGUUGGAACACCGUGGGAGUCUGUAGCUAAAGAGGUUGGAGGUACACUUGGAAUGGACUCGAAGAUUCUUCGUGCAUAUACGUCCAAAGAUCUUGCCCAGCUCGUGGAUGCAAUCACAUCUUGGAUGGCUUCAAAUAUGGGUCCAAAACUUCUGAGAUCAUAGUGUUGUUACUCAUGUACACAAAGUAAACUAAUAAUACAGGUAAAUGUAUACAUAAAAGUUGACUGAAUUAUCUCAUAUGCUUAUAAUGUUAUUAUAACUUUGUUUGUAGACA